UCCGGGAACGCUCCCGAGGGCCCUCAAUGGGGAAAUCCCCGCUCUAUCGCAGAGGUUUUCCCGGUGCCGGGCGGCUCGGUGGGGAUAAGGGCGCUCUGUGCCUGGUGUUGGGCCGGGGUUUGGCUGAGCGAGUGAUUCCAGAGGAACUCAUUGUGCCCUUGGAAGGGAGAACUGGAGGAUGGAGUAGAAGGAAAAGACAAAAAAAAAGAAAAAAGCUCGACGUGUUGGUUUUAUUGGGUGAGAAGCGUCAGCCAGGUGUGAUCUCACCUAAAUAGGAGAGUGCUGGUGGGAAAAUGAGAAUUUUCCUUCAGGCCUGGCGCCCAUACACGUGUUCAGUGUGCUCAGGGAGCCUCUCCCCUGGUGCCUGAGGUCAGGCUGACUCUGGUAACUCACCUUUGGUGUUUGAUUUCUACCUCUGAUCCCUUCUCCUUCAGAGCAGGUCCAGGCCAAACCCAGGAGACAGUGGAUGAUAACAACCUGUGCACCAGCUACACUUGGAUAUCCAGCCCCUGACCAGCCCCUCUCAUCUCACCCUGUCCUUCUCACUUCAUUAAACGUCUCUGGCCUCUUAAAAUCAAUUCACUGGGGCUUUUUUUAAAUCUGAUGUCAAUUCAGUUGUAGCCUAGUAAAUCCCCCAUGGUAAAAGAACUUUCUGUACAAGCUGUGGGGAGUUUACCUUGACACAAUUCUUCGACGAGAUUUUUAUUCUUUGAUAUUUUUGCUCUUUUUUUUCCUUUUCAGAAACACUUGCAUGGUGUUCUCUGUGUGCAGCUGGAGGCAAAGGUUUAAAGAGACAUUUCAGCUUGCUUUCUAUGGAGUAGGUGGUAAUUACAGCUGAUUCAGAUGGCAGCUUGUGUACCCCUUCCCUUCCCCCUGCUGAGAGACUGCAAUAGCAAAGCUCUCCAAAACAUGAAUGUCUUGCCCAAAAAUUGGCAAAGCAUAAUAGAAGAUUAAUUGUGACUGAGUCCAAGGUGGUGGAACAUGGCUGGACAAAUAUCAGAGUCUGACCAGAUCAAGCAGUUCAAGGAGUUCCUUGGCACAUACAAUAAACUUACAGAAAAUUGCUUCGUGGAUUGCAUAAAGGAUUUCACUAGCAGAGAUGUGAAACCAGAAGAGAUAACUUGCUCAGAAAACUGCCUGCAGAAGUAUCUAAAGAUGACACAGAGGAUCUCCAUGAGAUUCCAGGAGUACCACAUCCAGCAGAACGAGGCUCUGGCAGCUAAGGCAGGACUGCUCAGCCAACCUCGUUAGACCAGAGCACUGUGCUCAGACUUAAACUGUGCCAGUGUUCCCUGGGCAAGAACACAUUGGGGGAUUCCUACUGUCAGGACGUGUGCCCAGCAGCUCAGAGCAGAGCUGUGGGUGCUGCUCAGGCAGUGGGAGCCAUGAAGGGUUAAACAGGAGCUCAGUCCUGGUGGCCUGGCAGUGGAGUUGUUUCCACAAGGGAAUGAUGCAGCUACAACUUUUCCCAGGGCCCACAGACUGGUGUCUGAAUUUCAGGGGUGGUGGGAGGGCUCACCUGCCUUUUGCUGAGACUGGUUGAGAUGAAUCAAUCUAAUGUGGGGAGAACACUUUUUUAUUUAAUUCAAAUAAAAUCAACGGGAGCCAUA